CACGUGGGUUUAAAAAUGACAGUGACGUCACGUGUAUCUGAUCACGUGACGUCGAUUGACCUACAACUCGAAGGCGCGGCAACUGAACUAGUGAGCGACGUUGUUUUCUUUGUUAGACUCGCGGAGUUUGUUGGCGUGCGUCGUCUAGAGGAGAAUCCUGUUCAUGCGAACUCUGGCUUGUCGAUGGGUGCUUUCGUUUUUAUUUGGAUAGCUGUCUUGUUCCUGGGGUGUGAAUGUAGACCCGAUGGCGCACCUCUCUCCGCCUGUUCUUCUCUAACUCCAAAACACAGUGGAAUUGCCCCACAACAAUCCGUUGCACCUUAUUCUGUAUCUGUCUCGAAACACGGAAAUAAAGUCAGAGUAAAACUUUUCUCGUCUGUUGGAGAAGAAUUCGAAGGCUUCGUCUUACAAGCUCGAUACAGCAGAGACAGAAGCAAGCUAGUUGAAGGCCAUUUCACAACUAAAGAUGGCGAGACGAAAACCAUCAACUGUUUCAACGGAAAACAGAAUACAUUGACGAUGGUGAAUCCUACUCGCAAGCGUGAAGUGGUGACUGAUUGGACACCCAACACUUCGCUGGACGAAGAUGUGAUCUUUCGAGCAACAUUUGCUAAAACAUUUGCUUUAUUUUGGACUGGAAUUGAUUCGUCUCCUGUGAGGAUUCAAAGCGAUGGACCCUCCCACUCACCGAGCAGACCCACCGAGCGAAAGCAAGCAUAUUCUAGUGAUAAGAUCUAUGUGGAUUGUUCGAUAUCCAAAGGCUGCUUUGGAAUACCAGGCGGUUGCAUAAAUAGACAAGAUUGUGAAGUUUUGCUUAGUUAUGCCAAAACAAGCGAUGGAAUAGAAUUUAAAAUGCACGGUACUCUUGACCAGAACACGUAUAUGGCAAUGGGGUUAUCCACAGAUCAGUUGAUGGGUGAAGAUCUUGUCACAGAAUGUGUUAGGAGAGAAUCAAAUAUUAUUGCACGUCGAUCAUGGAACGUCGGUGGUCAAAAAUCCAAUGUACUUUUGAAUGAACUUCCAGAUGGAGCCUACGAAUCUGAAUACUUCAAUGACAUGAGCACCUGCUCCUUCACAAUGAACUUCAUCACCGAUUCAAAUGGAAGAACAUUCAAUUUAGUCAACAAUACAUAUUAUACUCUACUGGCAAAAGGACCUAUGAGAAAUGAAAGGUUAAGCUACCAUACUUUGAGAGCAUCAACCCAAGAUCCAGUAAAUUUUAACGCCUUCGAAGUCAGCGAAGGAGAAGGAGUGACCGAUUCUGUGAAAAUCCACGGAACUUUCAUGGUCACUGCAUGGGUAGGUCUUGUAAGUAUUGGAAUACUGCUUGCAAGGCAUUUCAAACCUUCUUGGGAAAACCGAACGUUAUGUGGCGUAAAAAUAUGGUUUGCAUUACACCGAGGCCUGAUGCUUGUGGCGUUAACUUUUGUUGUAAUAGCCUUUAUCGUCAUUUUUGUACACAAGAAUGGUUGGAAUUAUGAAACGGAUAAUCCACAUGCAGUUUUAGGAUGUAUUGCUACAGUUUUGGGACUCCUUCAGCCAAUCAUGGCUCUUUUCCGUCCAGGACCUGAUCACCCCAAGAGGCCGAUCUUCAACUGGCUUCAUUUGACCGUUGGAAAUGUAGCUCAGUUACUUGCAGUGGUAGCUAUUUUCUACGCAAAAAAAUUGGAAACCUCUGGAUUAGGUGAUUACUUCUAUGCAGUCAUGGCUGUUUUUGUCAUAGUCUACUUGUUGUUUCACCUGUUCUUCCAAGUACAUACAUGGACUUCUGAAAGAAAAAAAAACAAUGAGGUGAAGAUGCUCGAUCUGGCCAGCAGAGGAGGCAAUAUUGCCCAACCUGGUGUUCCUGAGAAAAAUCAUGUGAACCAAGCUGUUCGACAAAUAUUUCUGGGAAUCUAUGUCAUCUUCGUGGUUGCGAUUCUCAUAGCUCUGUACGCAAUGAUUGGCGCUGCGUGAAUCUUCCGUCCUGUUCAAACAAGCAAAGAAAUUCGGAAGCACAAGCAUCACACCUGAAAAUGCUUGCUUUUAAUGAAAUAUUAUCAUUAUUCUCUGAUAUAAACACGCCGAAAAUAUAUUCUUAGUGUUAAUUACGAUCAAAAAAUUCUAAUAUUUUCCUAUUCAAAUGAAUACCGGAAAAUUUCAGUACUUAAUCAAUUACUGAACUGCUUAAUUUUGUGAAGCCUUUUUAUGCUGUAUCAUUUCAUCUUUAGCUGUAUUUAUUGAAGUUCAUGUACUAUGUGUCAAUUCACACCAAUUUUUGAUGGCAUCUGAUUGCACUUUUAAAACCACAUCGAUUUUAUUAUUAUUAUUACUAAAGAUGCCUCUCAAAAAUUGUAAUUCUCUUCUGUUGGUUGUUUAAUU